AUGGAGGAUGAGUUGUUGUCCAUUCUAAAUUACUUAGAUAAAUGGCAGUUAUAUGAUAAUGUUAGGUUUUGGGCCGAAGUGAUUGACAAAUUAUUAGAAAGUAAAGAAGCAAGAAUUCAAAUAUCUAGAUUUCUUGUAAAAGAUUUGAAUUUACAGGAAGCUUUUAAUUAUUUGAGGUCAGAAGGUGACAAAACAAAAUCAAGAUUGGGUUCCAAUGAGGAUUUAAUAGAUGGUGAAGUAAAUUCAUAUGGUGAUUAUUUGACGAUUAAAUGCUGUUAUUUAAUGGGAAGGCUCGAUGAGGCAGAACGCAUGAUUCUUAAGAUUUGCUCAAAACCACUAACCGAACUUGCCGAUAAUUGCUUAAUUUCACCGUCAGUUUCGCCAAAAUCCUGGAAAGGUACGCCUGUUACAAAUGAGAAAAAAAAAUCAUUGUCUUCUAUCUUUUCAACAAUUUGCAUGAAUCCCACAAUGUUGAUAAAAUAUAUUCAUACUGGAGAAUUAAAGAUUCCUGGAGAUUCCGCAGGGCUAUAUUUGUGGGGAAACAUUCUUGAGGAACUCGAUGCAAAGGUUUCUGCAUUAUAUUGUUAUGCGAUUGCACUUGAUUGGAACCCAGUUCUGUGGAAGUCUUUUCAAAGAUUAGCAAGCUUAUCAUGCCAAUAUCCUCAUGAACUAGUUAAAAUAUGUUGUUGCUUGAAUAAUUGGGGUGAAAAGCAUUUAGAAUACGUGGGUACAAACAGCGAUGCUUUGGUAAUAUCAACAGUAUACAAGAAUGAAGCUGAAUGUUGGCAAAUAAAAAACAUUCAAGAUGGAAAUCUUCUGAUAUCUAUAUCAGAUAAGUCAGAUUCAGAAGAGUUAUAUGUACUGAAUGUCUCUGAUUUCUUUUAUAAUGUUGGCGAUGCUCUUCAGAAAAGACAUAAACUAAGAUAUCAGGCGUUCACUAAGUGGCUUGAAAAUUCUGGAAUAGAUUCUUACUCUGGCCCAAAAUGGCCUUAUCAUGAACUUGAAAAUGAGAAUACUGCCAGUUAUAAAUAUAAAUCUAAUUUUAGUAAUAUUAAUAAUAAAAAUUCCAUUAUUAACAUUGAGAAUGCAGACGAAAACGUUAAACUUUACGAUUCACGUUUUCAUUCACUAAUUUCAAUGAUCCAGUUAUUGUCAAAACUCACACAUCAAAUGGAAUGGUAUCUUUGCCAUAAUUUUCUUAAAACUAUUGAUAAUAUUCCAGAUAAUAUUUCAGAAAUGGGAUAUGUGAGGGAGUUACAUGUAAAGGCACUUUUUGAAUCAAAUCAGUGGCAAGAGUGUAUAAACAUUUGCAAAUGUAUAGACUAUGAAACCAAUUAUAAUCUGUGGAUUAAGUGCCUCGAUAUUUAUAGUUCAUGUUUAUGGCAACUAUCUAGGAGCAUUGAUUUAAUCAAUCUAUCAAACUUAAUUUUGAAAAUUGUUGAGAAAAAUAUCCCUCAACUUUGGAUUGUGGUCGGAAAUUGCUUUUCUUUACAUAAAGAAUAUGAAAGUUCAAUUAAGUGCUUUAAAAGAGCGAUCCAGUAUGAUAAUCGAUAUGUUUAUGCUUACACAUUGAUUGGGCACGAACUUUCAAUUAUUGAGAAAUACGACGAAGCAAUUCAAAUGUACCAAAAGGCCUUAAAAAUUGAUCCAAGAUGUCAUAGAGCUCAUUGGGGAAUUGGCUAUGUAUGGUUUAAAAGAGAGGAGUAUUACCAGGCAAAGAAUCACUUCAAUAUGGCACUUAAGGUUGUUCCCAAUAAUUCUACACUAAUACAUUACCUUGGUCUUUGUUAUCUAACAACUCACGAUUUUCUCUCUGCCUACAAUACUUUUCAAAAAGGAAUUCUUAAGGACCAAAGGAAUCCGUGGUUAAAGUACCAUGCUGGCAUUGUUUUGUUGGAACUAGAAAGAUAUGAAGAAGCGUUGACGAUGUUGACAGCCGCUCAUCGCCUUGCGUCGAACGAACCAAACAUUCAUCUGUAUUUAGGGAAGACUUUUUCGCAAUUGGGCAGGAAGGAUAAAGCAUUAAGACAUUUAAACAUUGCAUUUGACCUAACUAAAGAUAUAAAUGAGAAACAGAUAAUACUGAAUCUGAUGAAGGAACUUGAGAAUAACUCGGAUACAGAGGGAAGGUAUUGUAAAUCUAACGAAAUAAGGAGCGGAAGAAUCUUGAAUAGUGGAACGGGAUAUUCAUCUGGGGGCAAACUGCUUUCCUCCUUUAGGAAUCACCACUACUUCCCUAUCAGAAACGACCCGCCAAACCCAUUCAUUCAUCAUCAGAUUCAGCAGGAACAUAGCCUACCCCAAACCGUCCCUUCCCCCGUAAUUUCAGGUAGUCACUCUUUAUUGUUAACAUUAAUGCCUGGUAACAACUAG